AUGCGUAGCAGAGUGCGGGCAAUAUUGAAGAGUCGAACAUUAAGCAUAAGUAGUUCUUCUCAGCUGCAACGGCAAAUCUUCAACACCUUCUUGGACUCGAAAGAGGCUAAUAGAGUAGAGCGUCAGACCAAUGAGUGA